UUGGGAGAAUCAUAAAUGCACGGGGUGCGACCACCAUACCCCACUCCACUGAGUCAUAAUCAGGCCACUGCAACUAUGCACCAGUUAGUCUUCCUGCUGUUUCUAGGGGCCUCUGUGGCUUUUGAGCUUGAUGAUAAGAUUGUGGGAGGGUAUGAGUGCAAGCCUCACUCCAGACCCUGGCAGGUGUCUCUGAAGACCAGCUGGCAUUUCUGCGGAGGCACGCUGAUCACUGAUCGCUGGGUGGUCUCUGCGGCCCACUGCUACAAAGAUGCCAGUGAAAUGAGUUUGGUGCUGGGUGACCAUGAGGUGCGCUACGGGGAGGGCACUGAGCAGUUCAUCACCCCUGAGCUGGUCAUCAGGCACCCAGAGUACGACCGCUACACCAUCAACAAUGACAUCAUGCUAAUCAAGCUGGCGCAGCCUGCAACACUGAAUGAGUAUGUGCAGCCCAUGGCUCUGCCCACAUCCUGUGCCAGUGCGGGCACCCAGUGCCAUGUGUCUGGCUGGGGGUCUACCCAGAGCCCCUUUGGCUGCCGGUGGUGUCUGAACUGUCUGGAUUUGCCCAUUUUGCCCCAGGAGGACUGUGAGAGAUCCUACCCAGACAGGAUCACCUCAUCCAUGUUCUGCGCUGGUUUUCUGGAGGGAGGGAAGGACUCCUGCCAGGGGGAUUCUGGUGGUCCUUUGGUCUGCAACAAUGAGCUUCAGGGAGUAGUGUCCUGGGGUUGGGGGUGUGCUGAAGAGAACCGUCCUGGAGUCUAUGCUAAGGUCUGCAAAUUCACAAGCUGGAUCAAAUCGACUAUGGCCUCCCAUUAAAGCGGUGGACUGGGGAGAGGAGUGGCUGCACUAUUCUAAUAAUUUCUGUACUUGAUUGUAGAUGAAAUUACAAGUCUUGUCUGUGCAGCGCAUUGAGAUGAAUUGUGCAGUGUUCCAUGACACUGUUGGCUCUUUUACCAGUUUUGUGGAACAAAAAUAAACAGAUAAACAUAAUUUGUACUCAAA